GCGAAUUAAAAAAAACUUUCCAUAUGUCACAUUGGUGGUCAGAUCACGUGGGAUGUGCGCGACGAGGUGCGCGCGCAUCCCGUUGCUUCCGCUUCCUGGAAGUCCGGUCACGUCAAAUAAACAGUUCCCCUUUAAUUCACUGCAUUCCUCUGCAGGCGGGAUUCGCGGCCAAAGACCCCUUUAAGUUAAAGACCGGAGAAGUCGGCUGUCAGUAAUUCUUUCAUCGAGCACCACUCCGCAGUUUCCUGCCGGGCUCCAUCAUGUGUGAUCUCGGACAAGACAGCAACUUGGAGACGGACGACUACACGGCGGAUUAUUCCCAGAUGAACCGCCGCCUAGACUCAUUCCGCGGCUCCGGUUUGGCCCAGCUGGUCCCAGCAGAGAACUUGGCCCGGGCCGGUUUCUACUUCACUGGCCCUGACGAUCGUGUCCGCUGUUUCAGUUGCCAGAAGACGGUGGAAAACUGGUGCAUGGGAGACGCACCUGUGGAGAGACAUAAAGAGGUUUCCCCAUCAUGCAGCUUUCUCAUCUGCACCCACCGCACCAACUUCAACCUCAGAUGUGAAAACAGGAUGACCAACGGCUCCACGUCCAGCGAAGAAGCGGAAGACAUGGAGUAUCGCUUGAGGACAGGAGAGGUGGUCGAUGAGUCCACCUACCCGAUGGCCCCUCACAUGAGAAGUGAGGAGGCCAGGCUUCAGACCCUCUCUUCUUGGCCCUCUACUGCUCCCGUGAGACCCAGAGAUCUGGCACAGGCCGGCCUCUACUACCUCGGCGUGGGCGACCGGGUGCAGUGCUUCUGCUGCGGUGGCAUGCUGGCUGGUUGGGAACCGGGGGACGUCGCCUGGGCGGAACAUACCAAACAUUUCCCCUACUGCUUCUUCAUCCUCGGUCACGAUGUGGGCAAUGUCCCAUUCCAGGGGGGUACGGAAGAUAGCGGCAGCAGACAACACGCAAACGCUCGCGUCCCUAUGGGGAGGUUGGAGGAGAGGCUGAGCAGCUUUACAGGUGUCUUGCACCCCAUUGACCACGAGAGGCUUGCCACAGCUGGCUUCUACAGUGCAGGGCUUGGAGAAGACAAGGUGUUGUGUUUCUGCUGUGAUGGAGGCCUGAAAGGCUGGCAGCCUGAAGAAGACCCUUGGGAAGAACAUGCCAAACAUUACCCUGGAUGCAGCUUCUUGCUAGCAGAAAAAGGACAAGAAUUUGUCAACACUAUCCAGCUACAAGACCCACGGCGGAAUAGAGCUGCUUCAUUUUCGGGACAAGGGAAUGAGGUGCUGCAGUCGGCCAUGGCUCAGAAGGCCAUUGAGACGGGUCUGGAGCCCAGUGUGGUGGAGAAGACCAUCUUGGAGAAAAUCAACCAGACGGGCUCCAGCCACUCCUCCCUGGAAGAACUCAUGGAGGAUUGUCAGAACAACUCACAGGAGCUAGAUGAGGACCCCCUGAAGAAACUGCGGGAGCUGCAAAGGGAGAAACAGUGCAAAAUAUGUAUGGACAGAGAUAUUGCUGUCGUCUUCAUCCCGUGCGGACAUCUGGUCGCCUGUAAGAAGUGUUCGGAGUUGCUCGUCAAGUGUCCGAUCUGCUGCGGAGCCAUAAUGCAGAAGAUCCAGACCUACAUCGCAUAAAGGGGAAUCUCAGACUUAAAGUCAAUGCUGCUUUGUCACUUUAUUUAUAGUGUUGUAUUUUAAUACAAAAUGUAGAUUGCCUGUAAUAUAUUUAAGGAUCAUGUUCUUGUAUGAGAAUGAAAGUGAGUAAUUGCCCAGAGGCAACAAUAUUUUCACAAUCACUCAAAGGGUAAAUAGAUGUGAAUAUAAGAUGGGAUAAUACUGUACAUAGCUGAUGUUUUGUAUUGGCCUUUAAUGGGUACUCUAACUUGUUGAUUCACAUUUAAGAUAAAUUGCCAGUUUGCAACACUAUCUUGCCUGAGGUGCCUUUUCUCUAGGUUCAUGUACUUGUGUCUCAUUGUGUUUUAUUUUUAUAAUCUUUUUGACAGUAGCAUUUGCAAUUAACAUGGGAAGUGAUGUCCUUUUGUUUCAUUCACCUGCAUGCCUCCCUCAUAUAUUUAGUGUGGUUUACUUAUAGACUCAGUUUUCUCAUUGUGUGCUGCUCUGUAAAGGUAGAUCAUUAAUCCAUCAUAUUCUUUGUAACUGACCAAAUCAGCUGUAGUGUUGGGCCUAUAUACAAUCAUACCCUGCAAUGAAUCAGUGUUGUGUGAUGUUAUUUGACCAUGCCAACAUGCAAUCUGUUGUCAUCAAAAAGUGAAUAAAUUGUCAUUUUUGGACUUGG